GGAACAAGAUGCGUUCUUUUCUCUAAUCUACUCUUUCCUUCCACAUUCCUCCGCUGUAUUUUGUGGACAACAAAUUUCUUACCUUUUUUUUUUUUUGAAAGUUUCGUGAAACAAUUAACCAAAAAAUAAAUAAAAUCAGCCACCCAAAUUCCAAGAAUCAGAAUCCUAAACCAUAUUUUACUACCCACUACGAUUUUUCUUUCCUCUUAUACAUAUUCCCUUCAUAAAACAGAUUCUUUGUUUUUAUUAUUUAUUAUUAUUUUUUGUUAAAGUUCUGAAAUUUGCAUGCGAUGCAAAUCAAACCCAAUAAGAAAAGGAUUAGGGUUAGCGUUUAAGCCUGGUCAUCUCGCCGUUGGUUCAAAGCUUUUGUAUUUUUACAUAUAAAAAUUUCAUAAAAGUCCGCCUAGCUUGCUCAAUAGUUACCUCAAACUCAAUCUGGCUACAGACAGGCCAGAAUCUCUUAUGCAUGUUUGCAAUUGGGUUCACUUAAUUGGAAAAGUUUUUCCACUCUGGCAGCUACAGCAAAGUCAAACUCUUCUCGCACCUCUAAGAGGGUGUGGGGUGACAACGAGGGAGUGAUUGCACUUUGUGUUUUGAGAAGAUCGAGAUCAUCACACAUUUGGAGGUUGUGCCGUGUUUCAGAGGGUCUGUCACUUGACUAUGGCUAAGGACAAUGUUGUGUGAAAACCCUGGAAGCUUGAUGGUAUCUUGUCCUUACGUGUUAACCGAGUCUUUGUUUCAGGCUUCUGGACCUUGAUGUGAAGAAUUGUUUAUCCCGCUUACUCUUUGUUUCUUUUUUUUGGCAUAACAUAAAAAAUAGCUUGUGUGGAUGUAGCUCUGGUCUGCAUUAGCACAAUGGUUAGGUUUUCAUGCUUCAAUGGUCAUAUCCACUGCCACAAACCAAAGAAAACUGUCCAACAUUCUGUUGAAGCCAUGCAAAAAACUUCUGAAGAUUUUUCUCAAGUUCAAGACCCUAAGAGCUUGAACUCAUCCUUCCUCAAGGCUGGAGAUUCUCAGAUCGGUUACGCUGCAAAGCUUGCAAGUUUAGAUUCUGUUCAGCAUGGCUGGAAAUCCGAGGAAAUAAAAGGCAAAUUCUAUUUGGAGGGUGACAUUGGGGUUAAUCAAAUAACAUGCAUCAAGAAAAGUCAGUCCCUGGGAAGUGAACUAUAUCGGGAAGGGAAAGCUCCUCGUGAAAAUGAUGUGGACAAUGUGACAGAUCAAGGAUUUUCUUCCGAGUCUAAUGAGCAAAAUGACAGAUCAAGAAUUUGCUUGGAUGGCAGCAAGUAUCCAGGGGAGAGUCCAUCUACUCAGUAUCAAAUGGUUCCAACCUUAGAAUCUGGUUUUGAUUUAAGUCCUGACCGAGUAAAUAAUGAAUGUAUUUUCUCAGUUGGAGAUGCUCAACAUUCUGAAAAGGAAAGCUGUCAGUAUUCUGAUUCUCCAUUAGCUGGUGACCAUGCAAAUGACCCUGGGAACCAUGCACCUCAUACUCGAUCAGUGAUGGUGAAAUCAUGUUCUAUGCCAAAUAUUGUUGAUACUGUACCUGGUUCUCAAGGACCAUCUUGUUUUUCUUACCUGUCACCUAAGGCAAGAUCUGCUGAUGAUCUUCAUGUUCUAGACCUGCACCGGAGGGAGAACUCAGUUCAUGAAAUUGAGAUAGAGGUGAGGCAAAAACAAGGAAGAGGUGAUAUCAUACCUAACUCUGGAAAAAAUCAUUUUGAAAAUUUUAUAGAUGAUGGUUAUGAUCCUUAUGAUUACUCAGCUUUAGUUAAAGACUGGAUCGUGCCAGUUUCAGAAGAAAUAGGCUCUGGAAAAAAUCAAGGAGAGUCUUCAUUCCAGAAGGGGGAUGAAUUGUCUAGCAAGGACUUCAAGAUUAAGAGAAUAGAGGAGUGGGUUAAUGAUCUUCAACAUUGCACUGCGCUGGUGGAAACAACUGAAUUACCAGAUGAAAAUGUUCAGGUUAAGCGAGAACCCAUUGUCUUGAAUGGUUCCACCACUACUAAAGGGGAUAUGAAGACAACUCCUGGUAUGGAAGCUGCCAAAAAGUAUAUAUCUUCUUUGAGUGCCUCAGCCUCCAUAGCGCAGCUUGCCAAUCAUGGCUUGGUUGUGAUCCCUUUCCUCAGUGCUUUUGUAAGCCUGAGGGUGCUCAAUCUAUCAGGAAACUCCAUAGCAAGAAUAACUGCUGGUGCUCUUCCUCGAGGCUUACACAUGUUGAACCUGUCAAAAAACAAUAUAUCCACCAUUGAGGGUUUACGUGAACUGACUCGACUUCGUGUAUUGGACCUGAGCUACAACCGAAUUUUUAGAAUCGGUCAUGGUUUGGCUUCUUGUUCAUCUCUGAAGGAGUUAUACUUGGCUGGAAACAAAAUUAGCGAAGUAGAGGGCCUUCAUCGUCUUUUAAAAUUGGCUGUUCUUGAUCUACGUUUCAACAAAAUCUCUACCGCAAAAUGUCUAGGUCAACUUGCUGCAAACUACAACUCCCUGCAGGCCAUCAGCUUGGAAGGAAACCCAGCCCAGAAGAAUGUUGGAGAUGAGCAACUGAAGAAGUAUUUACAGGGACUCCUUCCCCAUCUGACUUACUAUAACCGGCAGCCCAUUAAAACCAACACCCUGAAGGAUGUGACAGAGCGAUCUGUUCGGCUAGGCAUCAGCAGCCAUCAGUUUGAUCGCAGCCUUAGGUCAGAAAUCAAGGCUGCAAGGAAAAGUAGCUAUGGUGUGGCUGUCCGCAGACCAUCACCAUCUUCUGCAACUCAUGGUCGUAAAACCCAGGCGUUGGAUUUCCCAAAAAGGUCCAAGGGCAGGCAUGGACAUGGGCGCCUUCCUCCUAGUGGAAAUAGAGCAACUGCUGAUCACCACCACCACUAUUUUGACUUCAGUAGCAAAAUCCAGAACUUGAGGUCAGAGCUAUCCAUUCGCAGGAGCCGAAGUGAGGGAACUUUGGGGGCACCCUGAGAUGAUUUGAUUUGCUUUAUGCAGUUUGGUUUAUUCUGGUUUAGUAGUUGGUUUUCUUUGGCAAUAACAAUAAUUUGUUUUUUUUGGUUUUGUUGAAGUAGAUUCCCAGACUAGUAUCUCUUUGAUUUCUUUUUUCGUUGUGUUGUCUGCAGUAUGCUUAUCCUCCAUGGUGUUAUUGGAAAACAAUUGUAAGCCAAUGUGGAAUAAAUCCUUUUGAAGCUUCUCUAA